AUGAGCUUUAACAUUGACGAUCCAUUGGCUGGCAUAUUGAGUGAUGGAAGUGAUGAUAGUUUUUUUGAUGACGAUAUUAUAGGAAAGAAAAAGCCAGCGAAGAAAAAGAUGACUCCAACGAUGGAAAAGAAAAAUGCUUUAUUUGAUUUAGAUUCCGAUAAACCGGUAACGUCCGAUAAAAAUACUGGUAUAUUAGAAGAAAAGAUUGAAAAUCUUUCUGAUUUAGGGAAAAGGGAUAGUAGGAAGGAAUUGGAUUUUGACUUAACUUCCACAAAAGUUAGCAAAGAUCCAUUUAAAAUGGAAAUUACGAAAAGUAAAGUUACAGAAAAAAUUGAUACUGUGAAAUCACCUGCCAAAACUAAAAGCGCUAGUCAUGAAGCUCUUGAUAUGUUAGGUGAACUAGGGGUAACUAAAAAGGAAACCAUGAAACCAUUGGAGAAGGGUAAAAGUUCACAAUCUUUGCUUGACGAUAUUCUAGGAGGGCCAUCGAAAACAGUUGUAACAUCACAAGCCAGACCAAGUACCGGUGCAAAAAAAUCGGAGUUCGAUUUCGAUUCAAUUUUAGGUAUAAAUGAAACUAAGCAAACGGUAUCUGCUGCGGCCAGAAACGUAUCUCAAAAACCUGCUACUGUCGCCAAGUCAGAAAAAACUAAAGAGGAUGCUCCUAAGAAAAAGACUAGUGAAGAUUGGCUUGGUAUAUUUAAAGAUAAAGAUGAGAAUAAUGAUGAAAAUGAUGAUGAUAUGCCAGCAUGGUUAGUUGGUGGAGAUAGCAAGAAGAAAAAAGCAGAACAAUUAAAGAAAGCUGCAAGUAAACCAGCAGGCGAAGAAGUAAAAAAAGAAGUUAAAGCAGAAGAAGAAGCCACUAGACAAAAAGAUCCGAUUCAAAUUAACAUGGAGCAAAUCAAUGUGCCUCCAAGUGCAGGGUUGCUAUACGGAAGCAAUGAAAAUAUGGCAACGGAGGGGGCCACUUUAUACCUACAACAGCAAGAAUCCCAGUUGAUGGUAGCACUACAGCUUAAAGCACAGGAGGAAAAAUUGGCUGCAUUGCAAAUGCGUCAAAAAGAAAGCCAGAGGGUACAACGCGAGGCAGCUUUAGCCCAACAUGCGCAGUUGGAUGCCAUGCUUCAGCGUCAAGCGGCUCACAGACAACAGAUGCAAGCUAUCAUCUCUGCUCACCAGGAACGGAUUACGCAGAGAAUUAAGGCCCUAUUAGGAACUAGCGAUGUAGAUGUAGACGGUGGAAUCAACACUGAUGCUGAAGUGGAACCAACGGAACACAACAAUGAAACGCCCCACAUGAAAGAGAAAAAACAAUUGCUUCAACUAGUACAAUCGUUACAAGAAAACCACGACAAAGAGAUAGAUCUUAUGGAGACAUCAUAUAGACGACAACUAGCGUUCUUAGAGAUUUCACUAAGCCAAUCUGAGGAAAGAAUGAAAGAAGAAAGCGACAAAUUAGUAAAGUUCUAUUCUGAGAAGAUAAGUUGGUUGGAAGAGCAUCAUCACUUGCACAAGAAAUUGACUGAAGACAAUCUGAAUGAACUGACAGAGAGGCACAAAGCUGAAAAUGAAAUGCUGAGACAACAGUAUUUAGAGAAUGUGAGAGUGUUACAGGAACACCAUGCCUCUCUUAUGGAGAAUAUAAAGAAAGCUGUAAAACAAGAACAAAUUCUCAUACAAGAUGCAGCCGGUUUCUCAUCAAACUUACAAGAGUUGGUAAUGGAUGUCAAAGAAAGUAAAUCUCAGUGCCAAAUUUUAGUAGAAAGAGUUCAAACUAUAUCUGAAAAUAACCAGAAAGAUAUCGAAAGAAGUUUACAGUUCAGGGAAUCGCAUAUUAAUGAUAUACUUGAACAACUAAAGAAAGAACGUGAAAACUUUGAAAAUGAGAAAUCCGAGACAAGAGAGAUAGUCAAAACAAUGGAAAAUAGACUGAAACAAAUGACUAAUAUGAUGGAGGAAGAUGCGGCUUCAAUGAAACAGAAAAAAAUGGAGUUUGAAUUUGAAAAGGCAACGUUCAGUAAACAGACGGAAUUUGCGAAAAAUCUGUUGAAGAAACAGGAUGAAGAAAUUAAGAUGAUGAGAGAAGAGAUCCAAAAAGAAUAUCAGGAGAAAAUAUCGAAAAUCGACGAAGAAAAGAAGAAAGCUGUGAAGGACAGUGCAUUAUUGGCAAAAGAAAAGGCUUCAAUACAAACCGUAAAACAAGAACUGGAAACAUUGAAGGCAGAAUUACAAGCUCAACUGGAAGAAGUCACAGAAGAGAGAUCAAAGCUUAAUGUGGACAAACAGCACAUGCAUAUGGAAGAGCAAAGAAUUUUAGCGAAGAGUCGCGACUUGGAUUUACUAGCAAAAACCGCAAUAGACAGGCAAUCUCAAGCAGACAAGAAAUACUCUGAAGCGGAAUAUCUACAGCGUAAAUACGAGGAAAGAAUACGUCGCAUACAAGAACACGUGGUCUCAUUGAACACGAGAGAAAAGCAAAUAGCCAGGGAAAAAGUUGCAUUGUCCAGAGAAAGGUUGAAUCUACACAACGAGAGGAAGCAAAUUGAGAGUAGACUUCCAUGCUCUUUAUGUAAAUCUUCGCAAAAUGUGCCCCAAUAUUAUGAACCAAAUUAUUUAACAGAUUUUAAUGUUUCCGUGACAAGAGAUGGUAAUGCCCCAAACGUAGAAGUGAGUAGUGCAAUGAAUGCGAUAGAACAAGAGAUGGCAUUUUUAAUGAGUAGGAAUUUUAGCUUGAGACACGGCGCUACUACGGCGGUACAUGAGGGUAGAGGCGGUGGUGAUGACUUGCAAAAUAAUCAACCUGAGUCGGGAAUCUUGAAGGAUUACAUGGAUCCCAAAUUAAUGAUGCUACGUUUGGACGUUCAGCAAGUUCUAAGUAAUUUAGACCAUAGUAAAAAAGAAGAGGAGGAAAAUAUUAAUGUAGAAGAAUAA